AUGUUGCUUUUGGUAUUGCUCUUCUCUUUAGCGAAUCAUUCGCUAGCCUCAAAUUCAACGACCCUGGUCGGCUGGCAGCUGGCAGACAAUACCCGCUCCACAUGGGACAUUCUGUGGACAUGUCUCUCAACCAUUCUCGCCUGCACAUGGACAGUCCUUCACAUGGACGUUGGACCCCGAAAUCAAUCAGACUGGCGAUUUAUGGUGGACAGGGCGCGGCUCUGGCUCUAUAAUAUCCUUAUCCCAGAAAGGAUAGCUGGAGCAGAUGUUGCAGAAUUCUUCGCAGCCAGAGGCUUGAGAGCUACAUGCAAUAAAACGCAGGCAGCAAAGGACUCUGAAAUAUCGAUGUCCAAGAUAUGGCUCCCAGUACGGACUAGGCCGAUAGAACACUCUGCUGCCGACAUCGAAUUGCAGCCUCUGAACACGGAGUGGACUUUUGCUCACUGCUUCUGCCUUAUAAUGGGUGGAAUAGCUUUGCAGACAGAGGAUGGGUGGAUCUAUAGUGUCGGAUGGGAAGAUAUUCAACUGCUUAUACAAGCUGGGGUCAUCCGAUGUUCUGAUAUUAGAGAUCGAGAUAUCGAAGAUCGGUCGAAAGCGGAUUGGUUCGCAAAGGGCUUCACGGUUUUCCAGAGCACCUGGUUCCUUGUCAAUGUUAUAGCUAGAUUGGCAGACGACCUUCCAGUGUCACCCGUCGAGCUCACUACGGUUGCUUAUGUGAUAUGCGGCAUUCUUACAUAUGGCUUCUGGUGGUGUAAACCUAAGGAUAUGGCCACGCCUGUUAUAGUCCCUCUACGCUGCAAUGGCCAAGACAUGCAGGCUGAUAUAGAACAUGUUGCGGAUGCGAAACCUGAAAAAUGGGUUCAUUUACAGACAUGCCUCAGAAAGAACAGUGCAAUCUCCGCCCUAAGUGAGCUCUAUCAUGAGCGGAAGCUCCUGGACACACCUCUGGCUUCUACCACUUGGCUGAAUGAAGAGAUGGCUCGCCAAGAACAGCAAUUUUCGUCGAUCAAGAUCAUCGGCGAUGUCGUUGGCAGUAUAGUCGCUUUGAGCUUUUGCGCUGUUCAUCUGGCUGCUUGGAACUUUACGUUUCCAACUGAGGCAGAACAGACAAGUUGGCGUGUCUUUACUAUUGUUUCCGUCGCUUCGAUCUUCAUCUACUAUUUACUAAUGACGAUUCAAGACGUUUGCAUGUGGUUAAGGUGCAAGGAUAUGCUCCCGUCAUUUUUGAUAGGCUUUGAUUCCCAUGAUGACUUAUGGCGUCUAUUCAAAGACACCAUCUUGAACAUUUCUAUGGCGGUAUACUUAAUUUCGCGCUUUGGCAUUGUGGCUCUUGUUUCCUCAUCCUUGAGAUUGCUGCCGGUGGGGUCUUACAGGGCUAUUCAGUGGGCGACAUCUAUACCGUAUUUUUAG